UGCCACAGUCUGGUCACACUAGAGCAGCCCAAUCAGCUGUCAGUUUUAAGUCAAAAUGAUAACAAACAAGACUUUCAUAACAUAGCUGCAUAAAUAAUAGGAUAACACACAACAGGCGCACAUCGUUCAAUUCAAAUCCCGGCGGCGAUGUUCACAUUGCGCUGCCUGCGCCCACUGGCGGGUCCCCUGAUCCUGAAGAACCAUGCCUCCAAAAGGACAUCCGUCGAAGUAACCCGAAAUUUCGCAUCCGUCGUCGCCAAGCUGAGACCAACGCUAAUCAAGACUAGUUUGAGUUCCGGAGGAGCACGGUUCGCCCAUGGCAAGGGCGAGACUGAUGGACACCUGACAUUCCUUCUGUUGAGAUGGACCAAGAUAGCGUGGAGCAACAUGUUCGGAAAGUACCUUCUAAUCACCAAUGUCUUUGGAUCCGGGCUGCUGAUGGUGGUGGGCGAUGUGAUAGCCCAGGAGUACGAGUACCGUAGGGGACUGCGGCAACAGGAUCGCUUCGAUACGGAUCGGAUGUACCGCAUGUUUGUCGCCGGAGCACUUCAGGGACCGCUCCACCACUAUGUUUACAACUGGAUGGAUCGUGUGAUGCCUGCCCGUACCUUCAAGAACAUUAUUAAAAAGAUCCUGAUCGAUCAGCUCGUCAUGUCACCCGCCUGCAUUCUAAUCUUCUUUUAUUCGGUGUGCUACUUGGAGCGGCAAACGCUGGAGCAGACCAAUCAGGAGCUAAUCAAAAAAUUUCCAUACGUUUAUCUGCUGGAUUGGAUGACAUGGCCGGCAGCGCAGUACCUGAACUUCCGCUACUUGGACACCAAGUACCGGGUCACCUUUGUCAACGUUUGUACGGCCGUAUAUAACGUACUCAUCUCCUACAUGAAGCACAGUUUCGGCCUGCCACUAGAUCUUGAGACAGACAUGAUAAAUACCUCCAAGGCCCAACUGGAGCUGGCGAGCGAUGCCAAAACGCCAGCAGCUAGCCGCUCCAGAAAGGCUAUUGAAUCGGAGGAACCAACAAACCGAUAAUAGGAAUAGGGAUAUAUAUUUGUGAUUUUAAAACAAAACCCAACCUAAAAUUUCAAAGUCAUAUGCACAUUUAUGUUAUGUAAAUCAAAGAGGCUUAAAAACUUGAAUACAUGUAUAAAUUUAUGGUAUAAAAGUGAA